AUGUGCAAGGGUGCUCGCUCGCUCACCGCCUUCGUGGCGAAUGGCCUGUUCCAUUCUCGAGGGAUGACGGCGGGAGGGGAGGCGGGAGAGUUGGAAGCCUGGGUCCGGAAGUGCAGGAGGGCCGGCGUGAGGCCCAGGUACGGAAUCCCAGAGGGCUCCGCCCACCUUCACGGGGCCCCGCCCCGCCGCCCCUCAACCCGCAGGUUCGCCAGCCCGCGGCGCCGCCGGGCAGCUCCUCCUCCUCUCCGCCCCGCCGGCCACGGGCGCGGAGGACGUCAGCGCUGCCAGCGUGGAAACAGCGGCGGGGCGCGGGAGGAGGAAGUAGCGCCCGGGACCGCUGGGCCACCACCGGCCGCCUCAGCCAUGGACACGUCCCUGGAGAAGAUAGCAGACCCCACGUUAGCUGAAAUGGGAAAAAACUUGAAGGAGGCAAUGAAGAUGCUGGAGGACAGUCAGAGAAGAACAGAAGAGGAAAAUGGAAAGAAGCUCAUAUCCGGAGAUAUUCCAGGCCCACUCCAGGGCAGUGGACAAGAUAUGGUGAGCAUCCUCCAGUUAGUUCAGAAUCUGAUGCAUGGAGAUGAAGAUGAGGAGCCCCAGAGCCCCAGAAGCAAGUGUCUGGAGGACCAAGUCCUGAAAAUGCGGUUGCUGUCUCAGACAGUGCGUGCUCUUGGAAUUUUGAUCCUGCCAGAUUUCCCUCCAUGGAGUUGUGGCAUUUAGCAGUCCCACCAGCAAUGUAUGAGAGUACUUUAUUUCCACACUUUCACCUGCAAAGGCGUUAUCAGACUGAAGGAUCGUUGAUAAGUGAUAUUCUGAUGAGAAAUCUGAUAAGUGAGAAGUGGUAUUUCAGCAUAAUUUGAAUUUGCGGGUUUUUUUUUAUUAUGAACCAAGUGAAAUGUCUUUUUGUAUGUUUUAAGACCCAUUUAUAUUUCUAGGAUCUGUCUGUUACCCAUGAUCCUAUUAGGUUGUCUCUUUCUUAUUAUUUACAGUUAACAAUUGUAAACUUAUUCCUUCUUUUUUACAGUUAUUCUUCAUAAGGGAAAUUAGUUUCAAUUAUAUAUAAAACAUUUUAUAUAAUCAAUUUUACUUAUAUAUAAAAUAAUACCUAGUCCCCCAUGAGUUUGCUGUAUUAUU